UAAUUUUCUGAUUGGAGGAAAAUCGAGGGAGGGUUACUUCUGUACCCCCAAAUAUACCCUUCACAAGUGGUUGAAACACUCAGUCGAGAAGCAAGUUUUACGCCGAUCGUUUCAAUACAAAACGUGCUUAUACCUCUUCAGUGUUCUGUUGACAUGUCGCAAAGUCAAGAAGAAAUGCGUCCGAGGGCCGUCUACAGCAUCGACCAGAUUUUGGGAGUUAACAGCUCGUCCACCUCUGCGAAGAGCAUCGAAGGCGAGUCGGAUUCCAAAGUCGAUUCGGUCAGUGAUAGCGAAAUGGUUGAGGAAAGCAUCGAAGAUUUGAACGACACCAGACCGAGAAAAAUCCGCAGAUCCCGAACGACUUUCACCACCUAUCAGCUGCACCAACUGGAGCGAGCUUUCGAAAAAACCCAAUACCCCGACGUUUUCACAAGAGAGGAAUUGGCUAUGCGGCUUGAUUUGAGCGAAGCGCGAGUCCAGGUAUGGUUCCAAAACCGUCGCGCCAAGUGGAGAAAGCGUGAAAAGGCCUUAGGCCGGGAAGCCGUCCCGUUCAUGCACCCUGGGGACCAGCCCGGUCUGCCCGAAUUCUCGCUGCAUGGGCACAUGGCGAUGCCCCCGGUGGGCCCCGCCGACUCCUUCUGGCCCAGUUUGCCUUUCCCGCCCAUGUUCAGUCCGGCCAUAGGCCUGCCUUGGCCGCCCAAGACGCCCAUGAACGUGCCGACGUUCCACGCUUUCCUGUCGCAAUACGUGCUCGCAGGCGGCGUCCCCCAACUGAAUCUCCUAAAUAGUGGGAUUCCGGACGAACGGUCCCGGAGUACGAGUCCGGAAACUCCCAGUCCGUCGCAGUUGUCGCCCUCAGCGCUGGAAGCUUUGAGGUUACGGACACAAGAAAUUUUAGUGCCGAGUUCUUCGCCGCAGAAACUGCACGCGAAGUCGUAAAUAGAUAAUAUCUAGUGGACAUGUAGUUGUAUUGUUAGGGAUGUAGGAGAUUAUUGGCGCUUGAUAUGUGGGGGAAAUAGACUGAAUAGCUGUACCAAGUUUUCGAUUUAGUUGUUAUUUUUUUUUCAUUCUUAUGAUAGGGAGAAUUAUUUUUGUAUUAAAUUUAUUUACAACACUAGUUGCACUAGUUAGUUUAGCGCCAAUUUUGUAAAUAAUUUUGUACAUAAAGUGCGUAUUUAUUUAUUGUAGAUAAAAAAUCAAGAGGUUUGUUUAAAACAUAAUAGCAUUACAGAUAAUUAUUUUGUGGGGGAAAUUAACAAUAAGUUGUACCUAAUACCUAGUUACGAUCGAUAUUAAACGAAACAAUAAUUAAAACGGCAGGUGUUUUACUUGUCUUGGUUAUCAAAAGUUUAUUAUCAAUAAGUAAUAAUCUACUUAAUUAUGGCGUGUUUAUUGGUUCAUCUACCUUGAAUGCUUGUAAAAUAACCAUUAUUACAUUGAUGUUUACAUAGAAAUGAU